AUGGCGCAGACGGGGCCUUGGGGUGACAGAGCCUGGGCCUUCCUCUCUGGGCACCUUGGCCAGCCCCAGCGGUUCCCUCUCCUUCCCCGAGGCUUGGCUUGGGCAAGUGUCGGGAAGGCUGGUUUUGGAGGCUCUUCCCAAGGAAGAGCAGAGUCCGGGUGGGAGCGGAACGGGUUAGAUCCCUGGGGAAUUCUGUCCCCUGGGCGCAGGAGAGGGCAGAGCGCCGCCCCGCGCCGGCUGUUCCUGCAGCUUGUCCGUCUGUUUGCGCAGAUCACCGCCGAGGAGUCGGAGGAUGAGCCGCCACCCAGAGAGGAAGGAGCGGAUGCCCGGCUCAGCGAGCGGGAUGCAGCGGGGGGGAAGAACGAAGGGGCUGUAACCGAAGAGGCCGAAGGCGACGGGCAGGGAGGAGGGGAGGAGGCGGAGCGGCCGGACCAAACGCCUGUGUUGAGUGACAAGCCACGAAAGAAAAGAAAGAAAAGGAAAACCAAGAAAACCUCAGCAGGGGAGACUCUGGAAGACAAUGACCUGGAAGACAUCGACAGCCUGCUGGAGAAGAUUGAGGAUACCAAUGGGCUAUCGCAGCAAACCCAGAGCGGAAUUAUCGCUGACAGCAGGCCUCUGCUCUACGUAGAGCACAGAAACUUGAAUCCAGAGAACGAGUUGAAGAGAUACUUCGGGGCUCGCGCUGUUCUUGGUGAUCAGAGGCCCAGGCAAAGGCAGCGCCAGUACGUCCGCAGCACGUGGCUGACGGCUCCCAAGAACACCUGGCCGCGCUACAGCAAAACAGGUAUUGCCAUGCAGCUGGUGGACACCAGGAGGGGAGUGCAGUACUUCACGUUUGAGCACCAUCGCGAGUACCAGCAAGUGCAGUUCAAGUUCCUGGACGCCGUGGAGUCCAUGGACCCCAACAACAUUGUGCUGCUGCUUCAGAUGAACCCGUACCACGUGGACUCCCUUCUGCAGCUCAGCGACGUCUGCCGGAUGCAGGAGGAUCAGGAGAUGGCCCGUGAUCUCAUAGAGCGGGCGCUGUACAGCCUGGAGUGCGCCUUCCACCCCGUCUUCAGUCUCACCAGUGGGACCUGCAGGCUGGACUACCGGCGGCCGGAGAACAGGGCUUUCUUCCUGGCUCUCUUCAAGCACCUGAUGUUCCUGGAGAAGAGAGGCUGUCCCCGGACAGCCCUGGAGUUCUGCAAGCUGAUUCUGAGGUGCGGUGUCACAGUUCUGAUGCCGUUGUUGGAUCACUGCAGUGUGCAGCCCGACGCCAGGGUCGCGUCCCAUUCCUUUUUCGGGCUGAACGCUCAGAUAAGCCAGCCUCCCGCCUUGAACCAGCUGACGUCCCUCUACGUGGGAAGGACCCACUCCCUGUGGAAGGACCCGGCCGUCAUGGCGUGGCUGGAGACCAACGUCCACGAGGGGUUGCGCAUGGUGGACGCCCGGGACCCGCUGGUGGGGGGGGGUGGGCACAA